AGCGCUGCAGUGCCGUAUCUGACCGCUAGAUGGAGACAUCGGACAUGAACGUCAGAGUGAACUCUUCACUGACACACUUUCACCUCUCAUGAGGAAGCUUUAUAGGAGGUGAGCUUUGCCAAAAACAGCGUUACUAUGGAAUCCCGCGUUUACAACCAAUAGAACAACAGAAUGCGUAAUGAAGAGAGGAGCAGGAGGGAGGUGUAGUUUUGGAGGAGGGGUCGCCGUGUGUAAAUGCGCAGCCGAGCGUGAAAGAGCCGGAGGGACAAAGACAUGCAGCAUGCAGCCGUAGCAGGACUCAGAGAGCAGAAAACACUCCAAACAACAUGAAAACCCCAAACAGAGGAGGAUCUGUCCGUACACAGAGGACGAAAUGCAACAGAUCGCACGGAUAACUGUCUUCUGGAGUCUUUUCUGUGAUGCCUUCUUGCUGAAACCAACCCUGAACUUUUGCAGCGCAAUGCUGAUUAUUUCUCUCACGUUUCUCUGGAAGUGCAUGAGCGCUGGACGGACGCUCGCAUGCGUGUGAGUUCAGACAUGGAGAGCAGCUUCGCACUGAUCCUGUCGUUUCUGAUGACGCUGGACGCGCAGCUGGUUUGCUGGCAGGCGCUGGUCAGAUGUCACGAAGAGCACGACUGUGAGCUCGCGUAUAACCAGUACCUGACGGCGUGCGACGGGAACAUCCGCGGGACCCGGCGCCAGUGUCCGAGCCACUGCAUCAGCGCGCUCAUCCGCCUCAACCAGACCGCCGGCGGGGCGCACCUGGAGACCUGCGCCUGCGGGACGGACGCCGAGUGCCUGCGGGCCAAACGGGCCAUCGAGCCCUGCCUGCCGCGGACGCAUCCCGGCGGCGCCGACGGGAUCGGUUGCACCGAGGCGCGCCAGCGCUGUGAGGACGAGCCCAGCUGUCAGUCGGCGCUCACCGCGUACCUGUCCCACUGCGGACAGCUGUUCAACGGGAGGAAGUGUUCGUCCCGCUGCAGAUCAACCAUAGAGCAGCUGCUGUUCCUGCCGAACGGCGUCCUGCUCAACCAGUGCGUGUGUGACGGUCUGGAGAGGCCGUUCUGUGAGGUGGUCAAACAGAACAUGGUCAAACUGUGUUCUAUAGGAGACCACGGCGUCUCCUUUGACCACGACGGGACGGAUGAUUUAUACGAGGAUGAGGAUUAUGAGCUGAAGCCGGGGAGCGAGGUGACGGACGCUGACGCGGUGAUGUCCAGUGCCUUGACUCUUUCUCAGCAGGUAGUUUUGCUGUUCGCUCUGACUGCGCUUCACACACUUUAAACUGGAGGAUGAUUGAGUGAAAACAUGUAAGGCUGGAAUACACUACACGACUUCAAAACACUUAUACUGGACAACUUUGCAUGUGGUUAUGAGAAAAAAUGGCAUCAUGCACUAAAGGAUCACUCAGAAAAAAAGGGUUACACUUUAUUUUGAUUGUCAACUUUAAACAUUCUACUAACUUUAAGUAAGUUUGCAACUCCAUGUCAACUCACUCUCAUUAGAGUAUCAGUAGACUGUUAUGUUCAGGUUAGAAUAAGUGUACAUUUAGUUGCAAAGUUACUUAUAGUCAGUAGAAUGUCUAAAGUGGACCAUCAAAAUAAAGUGUGACCAAAAAAGGUUCAGUGUGGUUCUAUAUAAAACUAGUGUUCUCGACUCAAUUUUAAAGGAGAAAUGUCUUAAAUUAUUGCAUACUUAAUUGGUUAUUUCAUUUUUUCUACCGAUAAAGCAUGUUUAUGAGCUGCUUAAUUCAUAAAAUUUGAUUACAAUUAAAAAUGAAUUAACCUUCUGGUGCUCUUCUGUUAUUUUUGACCAAAAAAUUUUACUUUUUUUUUUUUUAGAAUUUUUUACUUCAUUGAAAUGGUACGAAACUUUUGACACUUGCUAUGUGAACACGCACACACACACACACAAAAAUCAUGGACAUGAUUCGAAAAGGUUAAAUGGUCCUGAAAAAAUAGUUACACGUGCUUCUCGUGGUCAAAAAUGAAUGAAUUUAGUGGAAACUUUUGGUACUGCGCCAAAACAAACUCUUACUGAAAGCUCAUUUUUUGAGAUAUCAAACUCAAAUUUGGAACACAACUUGUUUAGAUUUAUGGCUUUGAUUUUCUUGUAGUUUUACAGUAAAACGUGUUUUUGAAAAUAUAUAUUUUAUAUAUAUUUUAUAAUAUAAAUAUUAUAUUUAUAUUUUAUACUUUUUUAAAGUUUUUACUUCAGCAAUAAUCUGUAAAAUGUCGUCUUUGAGAAGAGACCAAAAUUAAGUUUGUGCUCUAAAGCAUUCAAAAUUUAUGACAGUUUAAGUUGUAAAUUUCAUUUUCAGGUCUCAAAAAGUGAAUAAAUGGAUUAUAACUACAGCGUAAAUAUAAUUUAGUACCAUAAAAUCCCCUAAAAAUACAAAAUAUUAAAUAAAAAACAUUAUCGAACUGAAAUAUAGUACCUUAAUUUCAUUGAAAUAAAAAAUCAGUUAUUUUUGAGCAACACGCGAAGAGCACCAGAGGGUUAAAACAAAAUUAAUUAAUUAAUUAAUUAAUUAAAACUAAAUGCAUCAAAUGAUCUCAUGAUGGAACCCCUCAAAGGUUAUACAUAUGAGGUUCUGUUUUAGGUUCAUUUUCUUCUUAGAGCGUAACAGAUUUGUAAGUCGUUUUGAACACAAAAACUCUGAAACAUGUGCUUCAAGAUGCACAACAAAUGAAAACAGUGUUUUAAAAUCAUCUCAAAAAUCACUUCAAAGUCUGAGUCCAUCCAUUUAAUCUGCCCAAAAUCUUUAGACUGACUCUGACUUUCAUCGACUUCAAAUCAGGGGCAAAAAUCUGGCCAGUCGUGUAGUUUAUUUCAGCCUUCAGUCCUUCUUGAAGCAGCAAUGUUUGUCCGGUGAACAAGCUCUCAUUAUCUCAGUCGGAUGUUUGGCACAUGAACUCUCCGCAGUGUUUAUGAUUUCAGCGUGACGUUCUCCUCCUUUCCUCCGUAUUGUGGCACUUGAAGUGUCUCUUUAGUAAGGCUCAAGACAAACAGUGGACGUGCGUCGAGAGUUUGCGGAGCUCUUACUCUCAUUGUUCUCGCAACUUACUUCAAAUAUUUGCCGAGCGCGGACACAGAAAGGAGCCGGUUUGGGAUCAAGUGCUUCAUUUAAGUGAAGAGGCCCUUCAAAUGCUGUUAAAUGGUCUUUCUCUCUCACGCUCACAUCUGACUCGAGUAUUGUUCAUGUAUGCUGGAAAUCAACACCAAGUGCCUGAACUGUCUGUACUUUCUUGAAGUUCAGCAUCAAGCUUGAAACUGUUGAGGUUAAUAUUUGUUUUCAGUGGUUCUAGUUUUCUUUCUUUGCAUAUAAUGAAUUAUUAGUAAUGUCUGAUGAGUUCAUGUAAACUCUAAGAUCAGAAGCGCACUCUAUGCAAGUACGUGAAUGCAAAUCUCAAUGUGGCCACAAGCAGCGCUGUAGCGGACAUCAGUCUUCUUCUAUGGUCAGUUUUCUCUUUCAGGUCAGUUAAUAUCGUUGCAUUUGACGAGAAUCAUACAAAGCAACUUAAGUUAAAGAUAAUUAACUGUUUAUAGUGGACGUUAAUGCGUCUGAUUUGAGCGUUUUCUGUGUACUUGUGUAGAGUUUCUGCUUUAAUAUUUCUUGAAUUCAUAAAGGCUAUUGAAGUUUCACAAACUUUGUACAGAAAAAGAAUUUAUUUAUGCAUUUUGGAAUUUUUAAGAAAAUAAAAGUCAUGCUGAAAAUAAAGUAAAUUUGUCAUCUGA